AUGCUCAACAUUCUUCUAGAAGCACGAAAAAACGGCCUAAAAUACGAAGAUUCGCACAAUGAAGACACAGCUUUCGCCACGGUUCAAGAAUCAGAAAUCCACAAAAGAAAACUCGACAAGGUUGACAUCACAGAUGAAGAAAUUGCUUCACAAGGGUUCGGGUUCUUCUUCGCUGGCUACGAAGCCGUUUCUUCCACAAUGGCUUUCAUGAGCUACGAACUCGCCGUUAACUCUGACAUCCAAGCCAGACUUAUCGAAGAAGUGGACACCACGCGAAAUUCCUGCGACGACCAAAUCACCUACGAAGCCCUCAAUUCCAUGAAAUAUAUGGACAUGGUUGUGUCCGAAACCCUGCGAAAGUGGCCCCAGAACGUCGUCAUCAACCGAAUCUGUAAUAAGCCGUUCACCAUCGAGCCCAAAUAUCCUGACGAGAAGCCCUUGGUUUUGGAAAAGGAUACUGUGUUGUGGAUACCCCUUUUCGCUGUACUCAGAGACCCGAAAUUUUUCCCGGAUCCGGAAAAGUUUGACCCCGAAAGGUUCAGUCUCGAAAAUAGAAAAAACAUUGUGCAGGGGUCGUUUAUACCUUUUGGAUCUGGACCUCGGAAUUGUAUUGGGUCAAGACUGGCGAUUUUGGAGACGAAAGCUGUGUUUUAUCACCUACUAUGUCAGUUUGAAGUCGUUCCAGUUGAGAAGACGCAGAUACCGAUCCAGAUGCGCAAAGGCAAGAUGCCUGUGAUUGCAGAUAAAGGGGUCUGGGUAGGACUGAAGCGACGUUUCGAAAAAAUACAUUCUUAG